CGACGACAAUGGGCAUUCAGAAAUUUCAAGAUCGAAUUGCCGAAAAAUGCUUGUCCCACUUGACCAUGCCCGAAGUCCAAGUCUGGCCAACCUUGGCUAAGAGAGAAGACCACCGUCGUUCUCAAUCCGUCCAGAGCCUCAUCGAUGAGACGUUGCUCACGCCCUACAGCGUCCGCGAAUCCUCUAAACUUGAUAUUAACCGAUACACGGACAUACGCGCGUACGACCGGACUGCAGUACCCGGGGUCAAUGCCAAUGUCGUCGCUGAUUCUCAUGGGCGGUGGUGGGUCGCCGCGCAGGCACCCCUCCCGAGUAACUUCUACACCUUCUUUCACAACAUUCUCCACUCUACGGCUUCAGCUCACCCCUUGAUCAACAAACCUCCCUCACACUCCGCCGUCAUUGUCCAGUUGACGGGAUGGGAAGAGAACGGAAUGCGCAAAGCGGACCCAUACCUCCCGGACCCUCACGGUCGCCUCACAUUCACCCACAACCGCGAUUCCAUCAUCCUUCACCACGUCAAUACCACCUGGCUCCCAUCUGCGGGCACAUCCCUGUCCGAACUGAAACUCGAAGACAUGGUCCUCUAUCACUACCACUUCAAAGGCUGGAGCGAUCACGGCGUCCCAAAAAACACAUCCGAGCUGAGGCAACUGGUCAUGGAUGUGCACGCAAAGCAACAAGAGGCCAAUUGUGAAGUCUGGGUCCAUUGCUCCGCCGGAGUCGGUCGCACGGGCACUUUCAUAGCUCUCUCGUCACUCCUUACAUCGCGACGUGAAGUAGGGCCGCAGCGCUCAGCGGACAAACUCCCCCCCGCCAUUGCGUCGGACCCAGUUGCACGCACCGUAGACGAGCUCAGAGAGUGGCGUACGAUGCUCGUGCAGACCCCAGGGCAGCUGGGCUUGAUAUAUAAGAUGAUGUAGAUGCAUGCUAUGAGAGUGAU